UGCGCGGCCGGUCCCCCCAUGGCCUGUACCUUGAACGUAGCAAACUCAACUGAUAUCAAAGUGGGGUGAGGCAGUGAUCAGCUGCGCGGCCGAUCUUCUUGAGGCCCGAACUAGUGUGUCCUGGAUGAUGCAGACUAAUUUGCUCAAAAGGUUCACAAUUUAUAGUCGACGAGUGCCCUCCGCUCAAUCGAAUUCACAGAACAUUCGAAACAAAAACAACCUCAAGAACAACACGAUGCAGUUUCUAGGCUUCCACGGUGCCAUUUCCAACGCGGAUUACUUCGGUAUCCAGCUAGCUCCGCUGGAGAAGGAGCUAGAGCGAGAUCAAGCGGCAUCUUUCCACUUCAUGAAUGCACCUAUCCUAGGUGAUCCGCCAUACGGGGUUGAGAAAUACUUUGGUAACGGGCCCUAUCGCAGCUGGUUCUGCGAUGGUGCUGUGGGAUCUAGGCGCAUGCUCGAACGAGUCCGGGACAUGCCGACCGGAGACAAUUCUGAAGAAAUCAUGCGAAAAUUGAGAGGCAAAAGACAGGCCGGAGCACAAGAGCAACUAAAAGACAAUCUAAAAGAAGUGAUGGACUCAAUCUACGCAACCUUGAAGGAAAACCCUCAGAUCGAGGGUGUUAUCGGGUAUAGCGAAGGCUCUUGCCUUGCAGCGUCCCUCAUCUUGGACGAAAUCAGACGGGAACAAGAAACUGGCCAAGCCAGGCAGAUUAAGUGCGCCAUAUUCAUCACUGGCUGGCCACCGUUGGCUUCGAACGCCGACUUCGUACUGAGUGACGAAAGCGCACUCAAGAUCGACGUUCCCACCCUGCACAUCGUCGGAGCAAAUGAUCCCUACAAGCAUGGAGCACUAGCAAUGUUCAAUGUCUGCGAUGAGAAUACUGCUACGCUUUUUGACACCGGCAAGGGACAUACGAUUCCCAGAUCAGGAAGGGUGAUUCAAGAGUUGGGCGACGCGGUACGGGAGAUGAUAGGCAGCACACGCAGUCAGACUGUAUGCUGAGGCUCGCCAAUGCAGUGAAGUGGAGGAAAUUGAGCAACAGGUCGUUUCAGGACAUUCAGUAAAAGGAACUGGAGACCUCGCUUAAACUGAGCUAGUUUAGAACGACGUUGUAACCCCGUAAUUUGCUUUGAACCAAUGAAAUUGUACAGCGAG